CCCCGAGCAUCGGAACACCAUGGCAGACACUGCGCCGCCAGCUAAGCAUAACCGCUUUGACGACGAGGCCAAGAAUUGGGAUGUUUGUGCCUCCAAUCCGACAACAGUGCAAUCCUCCCGCCUCUUCUUCGAGGCUAUCCAGUCGCGCUUCCCCUCCCUCGCCCAGGGUCAAGAGAAGAGCAAGCGGGCACUCGAGAUAGGAUGUGGUACAGGGCUACUGAGCAUGCAUCUUGCUCCUCUGCUGGGAGAGUAUGUGGCCUUUGACCCUUCGCAGGGGAUGAUCGACGUUCUCAAGACGAAGAUCAAGGACAUGCCGCAGGUCAAGCCCGUCGCUGAGUUGCUCGAGGAUCCGGAAACGCCGCAUCUGAGUGGGAAGCCUGUGGACUACGCCUUUUCGCAUCUGACGUUGCAUCAUAUUCCGGACAUGUUUGCCUCAAUCCAAUGCCUAGCUGCUACCCUAGCCCCGGGCGGGCACAUCGUCUUGUCCGACUUCGAGGCCAGCUCGACGAGCGAGGACUUUCACCCGAAGCACAAGCAUCACGAUGUGGAGCGACACGGCGUCGUAGGUUCAGAGAUCGAGGGCAUGCUGCAGAAGGCUGGUUUCAAGAACGUGAAGGUGGAGCACAGCUUCGACCUGCCUAAGAAGAAGGAGGAUGGGAGUGAGGGGAAUUUCCCAUUCUUGAUUGCUACGGGAACAAAGUAGAGAG